GGCAGCAGCGGCAUGGAGCGGGGCGUGCGCGUCUUCGAGGACCCCAAGGUAGAGCUUCAUGUCCACUUGGAUGGAGCCAUUAGACCAGAAACAAUCCUGCACUUUGGCAGGAAAAGAGGGGUUCCUCUCCCCGGCAGCACUGUUGAUGACCUCCUGAAGCAUGUCAGCUACAAAACACCACUGACGCUUACCCAGUUCCUAGAGAAGUUUAAUCACUACAUGCCUGCCAUUGCAGGUGACCGUGAGGCAGUGAGGAGGAUCGCCUACGAGCUCGUGGAGACGAAAGCAAAGGAAGGUGUCAUCUACGUGGAGGUCCGGUACAGCCCUCACCUCCUGGCCAACUGCAGUGUGGAUCCCAUCCCCUGGGGCCAGACUGAGGGUGACCUCACUCCAGAUGAAGUCGUUAACCUCGUAAAUCAGGGACUCCAGGAUGGAGAAAGGGAUUUCCGCAUCAAAGCCAGGUCUAUUCUAUGCUGCAUGCGCCAUAUGCCAAGCUGGUCCCCAGAGGUGGUGGAGCUCUGCAAGAAGUAUCAAAACAACUCUGUGGUGGCCAUUGACCUGGCUGGGGAUGAGUCUCUGAAAGUGGAGGAUUCCUCCGAGCAUAAGAAGGCUUAUGAGGAAGCUGAAAGAUGUGGGAUUCACCGCACCGUCCAUGCUGGGGAGGCUGGCCCACCUGCCAUGAUCAAAGAGGCAGUUUAUCUCCUGAAGGCCGAGCGCAUUGGCCAUGGCUACCGUGUCCUGGAUGAUCCUGAGCUCUACAAGGAACUCUUGAGAGCAAAGAUGCAUUUUGAGGUCUGUCCUUGGUCCAGUUAUCUCACUGGUGCAUGUCUUCCGGACUUUGGGAAACACCCAGUAGCACAGUUUAGGAAGGAUCGUGCUAAUUAUUCCAUAAACACAGAUGACCCCCUCAUCUUUAACUCCAAUAUUUACAAAGAUUACAGCAUAGUGAAGGACUACAUGGGCUUCACUGAAGAGGAGUUCAAGAGAGUGAACAUCAAUGCAGCUCAGUCCAGUUUCUUACCUGAGAAGGAAAAGCAGGAGCUGCUCAACAAGCUGUAUGAAGCCUAUGGGAUGGUCCCCAAUGCAUCGUGACCCAUCCCCGCGAGCCAGCAUGGAGCAGUGGCCCUUCCUCGUGGGUGCUUGACUCUCCUCUGUUAGUGGGAGCACCUGGAGAAGGUGCCCAGGGUUGGUUAGAGACCUGGCAGCCGUGUGUUAACCCAUACAGUGCUAAACAGAAUGAGGCUAUCACAUACACCUACCUAUACCCCCAUAAACCCUCUCCCCAAUGGAUAUCCCGUUUCCUAUCUUGCUGGUGGGCAAACAGACUGAAACUGCCUCCUAGCCUGACACCUUUCUCCAUCUGCCAAUGUUUCUCUACUGCAAAUGCAAACAGAAGAACAUCCCAUGCUUUUUUUUCCUCCUCUCCCCCUGCUUUAUCUGUCCUGCCCCACUGACCUGCCUAGCCCUUGUCUGCAGUGCAGAAAUAACCACCUUUAACUGUGCCUGUGGCCGAAGUUAAUCUUCACCUUUCUAGGAAAAAGCUGUGUUAGAGCUGAGAGGGAGCACGCAGGCACUUCAGAAACAGAGGCUUUAUUCCCAUCCAUGUGGGCAGGAGGGUUUGGCCACAGCUAUAUUUACCCAGGGUUAGUCUUGUACUAACAAGACUGGAACAGGAACAGGCUGGACGCUGGUGCUCCUGCCCGUGCACAGGUCUGAAGGGCAUUAAAAAGAACCCGCAGGUUUUUGGCAUCUUUCUUGGUCAAGGACUCGUGUCUCAGGCUUUCCAUUGUCACUGCUGUAGAAGCACACACCUUGGGCUAUGUGCUCACAGCUGGCUAUGACCAUGGGCUCACAUGCAUAGGAAGUUGGAACAUAUUUUUGCAUUUUGGGCCAAAAUCUGCCUUCUGGAAUUUUUCAAAGUUUUGUACUCGUCCUGGAGGAUUCCUAUGAACUGCAGUUUGCUCUUGAUCUUUGUUUAGGACUUGGGAAAACCGUGAUUGAUUGAUUGAUUGAUUUAUUGACUGCCCGUUUUAACCAUUCUGCCCUCUUCCUGACUUGACAAUCCUUAGGCACUAUUAAAACUAAGUAAGUAAAUUAAUAAGCUAGGGCCCGUUGUUAGAUGUUGACUUGGGUCCCCAUCUGAAAUGCUUCUCUCAUUCAACCACAACACUGGCUAGAAGUCAGAUCUUCUGUUUGGUGGAGGAUUUAUACAGAGACAUUCACCAAAAUUCCAAAGUUAUUUUGGUGCAUUACAGUGUUUUUACUUACCAUGCAAUACAGCUGUGCACCCAGAGAAGAGACCAUCCUUUUCCUACAUGAGCGUGUGGUGUGCUUUAGCAUCCCAGGUAUCUGCCAAGAUGCUUACUCCAAAGAUACUGUACCAAAAAGUUGCCUUUGACAAGGGGCUGUGGUCACCAUUACCAUGGACAGUGUGUGAGACUGGUCCAGUCUCAGCUAGCAGUGACCAUAUGCUGGGAGUAUUUCCCUUCUUUCUGGGCUUCCAUAUUUGUCUUCUGAGUAAAAUGCUCAUCUCUGAAGUACAUGGUGCAUAUAUAUAUAUAUAUAUAUACACACAUAUAUAGCUAGAUACAUGGAUAUGAGAGAGUGAAUUUCUUACUUUUAUAAAGCAAAUUAUAAAGCAUCACUUUUAAGAACAUGGUUGCAGUAAGAACCAAGCUUUUUUGGUAAUUUUUCCCCAAAAAUUGUUUCUGAAGAUGAGUUGCUUGUGUGGA